AUGGCCGAGUCUUGGUUGCUGCUUUUCCUGGCCCUCGGGUGUCCAACCCUGCCCACAGAGGGAACCUCUCUCCUGAGGCCAGCACAACAAGGCGUGGGCAGCACACCCUUCCCCUCUCUGGCCCCACCAAUCACACUGCUGGUGGACGGGAAGCAGCAGACGCUGGUGGUCUGCCUGGUCCUCGACAUUGCACCCCCUGGCUUUGAGUGUCCCAUCUGGUUCUCAGCUGGCAAUGGCAGCUCACUGGAUGCCUUCACCUAUGGCCCUUCCCCGGCGGAGGAUGGCACCUGGACUCGCUUGGCUCAGCUCUCCCUGCACUCCGAGGAGCUGGCAGCCUGGGACACCUUGGUCUGCCACAUGGGGCCUGGAGCUGGGGACCACAGCCAGAGUACACAGCCCCUACGGCUGUCAGGAGACGCUUCCUCGGCCAGGACCUGCCUCUGGGAGCCUCUAGGGGGGACGCCGGCCCUGGUGCUGCGCCUCGGGGCGCUGCGGCUGCUGCUCUUCAAGCUGCUGCUGUUGGACGUGCUGCUGACCUGCAGCCGCUUCCGCGCCCCUCCCGCCGCGCGGGAGGGCCCAGCCGGGGCGUCUGGCCCUGGGGCCCCCAGUCUCCCCGCGCCCGCCGAGGUCCCCCAGGCGGAUAGCCGCCUCCUCUCGCAGCCUCCGCCGCCCCAAGGAUCGUCCGCAGGCCCCGCCGACCGGAUUCGCCGCAGUCAUGGCGGGACCACAGGCCGAGGUCUCAGCGUGUCCGCCUCGCCGGCGCUGGUGCCCCGGGACCGCCGCCGCCGCCGCCGCCGGGUUCACACCCGCCGUCCGGGUCGGGAUCCCAGGAACCCAGUCUGGGAGGAGGGGCCGCCGGUUCUCAGGGCCUGGAGCUCAGGACCCGCCUUCAGUCUUCCCACCUCAAGCCUUGGAGCAUUUCUCUAUACUCUGCCUCCUCCAGCUGACCCGAGCUUCCCCGGGGGUUAG